AUGACGGCCAAUUAUGUACGCCACUCGCAGAGCCGAUCGUCGACUACGCCCUUCAUAUCCUCCAGUAACGUGGUGGGCGUCCAUUACAAAGUCGGACGCAAAGUCGGUGAAGGCAGUUUCGGUAUAAUUUAUGAAGGAACCAAUCUGUUGAACAACCAGCAAAUCGCGAUAAAAUUCGAGCCUAGAAAAUCAGACGCACCUCAACUGCGCGAUGAAUAUAGGACCUACAAAAUUCUAGCGGGUCUUCCUGGUAUCCCUACCGCGUAUUAUUUUGGUCAAGAAGGUGUUCACAACAUAUUGAUUAUCGAUAUGCUGGGACCCAGCUUGGAAGAUCUUUUUGACAUGUGUUCAAGGAAAUUCACCGUCAAGACGGUAGCCAUGCUCGCUAAGCACAUGAUCACGCGAGUUCAAAGUAUCCAUGAACGCAACUUGAUUUAUCGAGAUAUCAAACCUGACAAUUUUUUGAUUGGCCGACCCGGAACCAAGCAGGCCAACACGGUUUUCAUGAUCGAUUUUGGCAUGGCAAAGCAGUAUCGCGAUCCAAAGACGAAACAACAUAUUCCAUACCGUGAAAGAAAAAGUCUAUCAGGCACAGCUCGCUACAUGAGUAUCAAUACUCAUCUUGGACGCGAACAGUCUAGACGAGAUGAUCUUGAAGCGCUUGGCCAUGUGUUUAUGUAUUUUUUGAGAGGUUCAUUACCGUGGCAAGGGCUCAAGGCAGCAACGAAUAAGCAAAAAUAUGAACGCAUUGGUGAAAAGAAGCAAACCACAGCGGUCAAAGAUCUAUGCAGCAACUAUCCGGAGGAAUUCGGCAUCUAUCUCCAAUACGCUCGCCGAUUAGGAUUUGAGGAAACGCCCGAUUAUGACUUUUUACGAAGUUUAUUCGAUAAAGUGCUGCGAUCAGAAGGCGAAACAGACGAUGGUGUCUAUGAUUGGAUGUUGCUGAACGGUGGAAAAGGCUGGGAGGUAGGUUUACAUGAAAGACUUGCAUAG